AUGGCGGCCGAGCAAAGGAAGCUGCUAGAGCAGCUAAUGGGCGGCGGCAUGGCCUCCCGCAGCGCCCAACUCCCCCUAACCGACCCCAAAGUCUGCCGCUCCUACCUCGUCGGCACCUGCCCACACGACCUCUUCACCAACACCAAAGCCGACCUAGGCGCCUGCCCCCGUGUACACUCCGAGGCCCUCAAAGCCGAGUACGAAGCCCUCCCAGAACCCGACCGCAAAAAAUACGGUUUCGAAUACGACUACCUCCGCGAUCUCCAAACCCGCAUCGAGUCUUGCAACCGCAACAUCGACACCCUCCAGCGCCGCCUCGAAAAGACCCCCGACGAAGUCCGCCAAACCAACGCUCUCCUCAAAUCCAUCUCCGACCUCGGCGCCACCGUCGCCAACGGCCUGCUCGAAGUCGAGAUCCUCGCCGAGGCGGGCGAGGUCGCGCGCGCGUAUGAUGAGUACUACAAGGUGCGGCACGCGCAGGCGUCCAAGGCGGAAAGGGAGCGGGAGCUGAAGUCGCUAUCGGAGACAUCGGGGCCGUCGGGGCACCAGAAAUUGCAGGUGUGUGAUGUGUGUGGUGCGUAUUUGAGUCGGCUGGAUAAUGAUCGGCGGUUGGCGGAUCACUUUUUUGGGAAGAUGCAUUUGGGGUUUGCGCAGAUGCGCAAGGCGUAUGAUGCGUUUCCGAAGGAGAUGCGUGGGAGGCAACGGCCGCCUAUGUCGAUGGGUGGGGGAGGUGGGGAUGAUGAUAUGGGUGGUGGUGUGCCGACGGGGCCGGGAGGAGGGUAUGGUGAUGGGUGGAAGGGGAGGGGCCCGAGGAAUGGUGGGUUCCGACCACGAGGACCGAGACGGGGGUGGUAG